GUAAACACGAAUGAUUUUUAAGGGAAAAUGGCGGAUGGCGUGGACAUCGAUUUAUACGACAAUUUAGAGGACGGGUUUGAUCCAGUUGACAAUGAUGCGAUUCCAGAUGAUGACCUGUACAACGAUGUUAUAACUGCAUCCUCCAGUUCAGAAAGAAUAGAUUUACCACUAAAUGAUGGGGAAAGCAAAUCCAUGUCAACUAUAUCUGUCCCUCAUGGAUACACAGGGAGAAGAAUCAGUCUUUAUGUUGGAAAUCUAACAUGGUGGACGACAGAUCAGGACCUAACAGAUGCUGUAGCUUCCAUUGGCGUCACAGAUCUGGUGGAAAUCAAAUUCUAUGAAAACAGAGCUAAUGGCCAGUCAAAAGGCUUCGCAGUGGUAGUUGUUGGCUCAGACUCUUCAUCACGUCACAUCUUUGACAAGCUCCAGAGGAAGGAGAUCCAUGGCCAGGUGCCAGCUGUCACACACUGCAACAAACAGGCCCUCAGUCAGUUUGAGGCCCAGGCACGCAAGGGCGAUGCCUCCCCACAAAAUGGAGAAUCUUCUUCAAACAAAUUCCCCAGGGAAGGAAACAAGCCACCUCGUGGCCCCCCUCAUGGCCCUCCUCAUGGCCCCCCUCACGGCCCUCCUAAUGGCCCCCCUCAUGGCCCCCCUCACGGGCCCCCUCACAACUCUCCUCAUCCAGGAGGUCCCCCACAACAGAGGAUGCAGUCUAAAAACCAACCAAACAUGAUGCCACAGAGACAUCUGCACCCACAUAAUCAGGGUCCCAGACCUAUUGGGCCACCUCCACCUGGUCCAAUGCCACCACAUGGUGGAUCUCCUUUCCCAGGCGGUCCCCCGCGUCAUGGUGGACCUCCACAGAUGGGUGGCCCUCCAAACAUGAAUAUGCCACCUGGCCCUAUGCACCCAGGUGGUCCUAUGCCCCCGAGGAGUAUUGGACCUCCACCAGGAAUGCAAAUGAGAGGCCCUCCUCCCCAAGGAAUGAGAGGCCCCCCACCCCCAGGUCAUGACCCAAGAGGACCUCCCCCUAGACCAGAAUGGGACAGACCCCCAGCUGUAAUGAACCGUCCUGGACAACCUCCACCUCCGGGAAUUCCAUACAACCCUGCCCUUGGACCCCCUCCCCCACAGCCUGUUCCACCCCCUGGAGCCAGACACCCCCAUCCCGGUGGACCCAAUAUGGGGCCCGGUAUGCCACCAGGUGGCCAGCCCCCAAUGUCACUGCCACCCCCAGGACAUCCCCCAGGACACCCACCUGCUCCUGCCCCUCAUGUGAAUCCAGCAUUCUUCCCCCCUCAGCACGGACCUCCACCAGCAGGACCAUUGCCAGUAAACUCUGCCCCAGAUCCAUAUAACAGGCCACCCCCCGGAGCCCCAGUGUCCUCCUAUCCAGGGGAUCACUACAACAGAGCCCCUCCAGAAAGUAUGUAUUCCAACAGCAGGGUUGAGUCUGUGUCGCCUGCCCUCAGUGAGCAGGAGUUUGAGGAGAUAUUCCAGAGGAACAAAACAGUCUCCAGCAGUGCCAUCUCCCGGGCUGUACAGGAUGCCAGUGCAGGUGAAUUCGCAAGUGCUAUAGAGACCUUAGUGACAGCCAUUUCACUGAUCAAGCAAUCAAAGAUUGCCAGUGACGACCGAUGUAAGAUCCUCAUCAGCUCCCUUCAGGACACACUUCACGGGAUUGAGGAGAAGUCGUAUGGUUCCAAGAGUACAACUAGAAGGUCACGUUCAAGGGACCGAGAACGUGAUACACGUGACCGUGAAAAGAGAAGUCGCCAUCGAACACGUAGUAGGGAAAGGGAGUAUCGUGAGAGGAGUAGGGAUCGUGAACGUGGUCACUACGAGGAGUCACGGUCCUCGCACAGAGGAGAGCGGGACCGCGAACGUGACAGGGAGCGGGAUCGUGAGAGAGAGUACAGCAGCAGUCGUCGACACUGAUUACAGGCCUACAAGAUUUUAUUCGGAAAAUGAUUCUACCUCGGGCAGUUUCCUAUACUACUAGAAAAUUGGCUCAAUACAUCUGUUCAGUUUAUGGACAAGAAAGUUGUGUUUUAUAAAUUCUGUGCCAAAUAAUUAUUUGAAUUUGAAUUUCAUUGCAAUACGAGAGGCAGCUAAAUAUAUUUUUAUAUAGUGUUAUUUUUUUAUAAGGUUUAUAUUUUUACAUGUGAUAAUUACUAAAAGAUCUCCAUAUAUAUAGCAUUCCAAUGAAGAUGUCUUUGUCCAUGUUAUUUAUGUUGUAUAAAAUAUCUACAGACAUUUGUAAUCCACAAGUAUGGUAGAUGAGGAAUGGGAGUGAGUGGGAUGGUGAAGUUUGUAGACCGCUCUGUUUCUCACAUUGUUCCAGAUCGGUGUUUGUAAAACUAGAUUGAUAGGAUUGACAGUCAGACUUUGUAAGAUUGUGGUUUGCUCUUUAGGUACUGAUUUUAUUUUUCACAUCAAUACUAGAUAUUAUUUGUAACUUUGCCCCAAAGGCUUUAUUGACCGAUAUUUUUCACUAAAAAAAGUUUAAAGCCUUUUUAACACUUGAUGGGUUGAUUUAUCUGCCAAAUUGUUUAGAAAUAUUAAUAGCUUUUAUCUUCAUUAUUCCUGCGACAAAAGUUUCUUUUUACUCAGAAUUGCCUAUACAAUUUGUUAUAAGAGCUUUUUUUUUCUUUUUCUUCAAUUACUUAUUUCUUCAGGAACCCACGGCCCUUCAACCGUGGCAAUCCCUAUCCCAAUUAUUGCCAUAAGAGCUUUAUCACGCAGUCGAAAUGUUUUUCUGGGUAUUUCAGUCAUGCACAGUAGUCUAGUGGUAGGACGCCGGGCUCGUGGCCGAAGGGUUGCGCGUUCGACUCCCGUCACGGCACUGUGUUGUAUCUUUGAGCAAGAUACUUAACUCCGCUUGUUCCAGUCUACUCAGCUGUAAAUGAGU